AUGCUAGAACGAACAGCAUCAUCAGCCACCUCUGGUGCUGACGAAGAAGCCCGUUUCGAAAGCCAAGGUUCAGUUAUCGCCGGUGAUUCUUUCGAAGAUCAUGGCUUACUCGCUGAAUCUCCCGUCAAAGAGGCCCCACCUCUACCACCACCUCCAGUUUUGAUUCAAAAAGAGGAGUUGACAGCAGAAGAGCUAGAACACAUCGAACGGGUACGACGACUGGCUGAAGGUUUGGAAAUGACCUCAACGUACGUCGAAGAACCAGAAAUCAAAGAAGCCGAACCAGAGUUCAGAGAAGCGGAACCAGAUUUCAAAGAAGCCGAACCAAUGCUAGAACGAACAGCAUCAUCAGCCACCUCUGGUGGUGACGAAGAAGCCCGUUUCGAAAGCCAAGGUUCAGUUAUCGCCGGUGAUUCUUUCGAAGAUCAUGGCUUACUCGCUGAAUCUCCCGUCAAAGAGGCCCCACCUCUACCACCACCUCCAGUUUUGAUUCAAAAAGAGGAGUUGACAGCAGAAGAGCUAGAACACAUCGAACGGGUACGACGACUGGCUGAAGGUUUGGAAAUGACCUCAACGUACGUCGAAGAACCAGAAAUCAAAGAAGCCGAACCAAUGCUAGAACGAACAGCAUCAUCAGCCACCUCUGGUGCUGACGAAGGAGCCCGUUUCGAAAGCCAAGGUUCAGUUAUCGCCGGUGAUUCUUUCGAAGAUCAUGGCUUACUCGCUGAAUCUCCCGUCAAAGAGGCCCCACCUCUACCACCACCUCCAGUUUUGAUUCAAAAAGAGGAGUUGACAGCAGAAGAUCUAGAACACAUCGAACGGGUACGACGACUGGCUGAAGGUUUGGAAAUGACCUCAACGUACGUCGAAGAACCAGAAAUCAAAGAAGCCGAACCAAUGCUAGAACGAACAGCAUCAUCAGCCACCUCUGGUGCUGACGAAGAAGCCCGAUUCGAAAGCCAAGGUUCAGUUAUCGCCGGUGAUUCUUUCGAAGAUCAUGGCUUACUCGCUGAAUCUCCUGUCAAAGAGGCCCCACCUCUACCACCACCUCCAGUUUUGAUUCAAAAAGAGGAGUUGACAGCAGAAGAGCUAGAACACAUCGAACGGGUACGACGACUGGCUGAAGGUUUGGAAAUGACCUCAACGUACGUCGAAGAACCAGAAAUUAGAGAAGCCGAACCAGAGUUCAGAGAAGCCGAACCAGAGUUCAAAGAAGCCGAACCAAUGCUAGAACGAACAGCAUCAUCAGCCACCUCUGGUGGUGACGAAGAAGCCCGUUUCGAAAGCCAAGGUUCAGUUAUCGCCGGUGAUUCUUUCGAAGAUCAUGGCUUACUCGCUGAAUCUCCCGUCAAAGAGGCCCCACCUCUACCACCACCUCCAGUUUUGAUUCAAAAAGAGGAGUUGACAGCAGAAGAGCUAGAACACAUCGAACGGGUACGACGACUGGCUGAAGGUUUGGAAAUGACCUCAACGUACGUCGAAGAACCAGAAAUUAGAGAAGCCGAACCAGAGUUCAGAGAAGCCGAACCAGAGUUCAAAGAAGCCGAACCAAUGCUAGAACGAACAGCAUCAUCAGCCACCUCUGGUGGUGACGAAGAAGCCCGUUUCGAAAGCCAAGGUUCAGUUAUCGCCGGUGAUUCUUUCGAAGAUCAUGGCUUACUCGCUGAAUCUCCCGUCAAAGAGGCCCCACCUCUACCACCACCUCCAGUUUUGAUUCAAAAAGAGGAGUUGACAGCAGAAGAGCUAGAACACAUCGAACGGGUACGACGACUGGCUGAAGGUUUGGAAAUGACCUCAACGUACGUCGAAGAACCAGAAAUCAAAGAAGCCGAACCAGAGUUCAGAGAAGCCGAACCAGAUUUCAAAGAAGCCGAACCAAUGCUAGAACGAACAGCAUCAUCAGCCACCUCUGGUGCUGACGAAGAAGCCCGAUUCGAAAGCCAAGGUUCAGUUAUCGCCGGUGAUUCUUUCGAAGAUCAUGGCUUACUCGCUGAAUCUCCUGUCAAAGAGGCCCCACCUCUACCACCACCUCCAGUUUUGAUUCAAAAAGAGGAGUUGACAGCAGAAGAGCUAGAACACAUCGAACGGGUACGACGACUGGCUGAAGGUUUGGAAAUGACCUCAACGUACGUCGAAGAACCAGAAAUUAGAGAAGCCGAACCAGAGUUCAGAGAAGCCGAACCAGAGUUCAAAGAAGCCGAACCAAUGCUAGAACGAACAGCAUCAUCAGCCACCUCUGGUGGUGACGAAGAAGCCCGUUUCGAAAGCCAAGGUUCAGUUAUCGCCGGUGAUUCUUUCGAAGAUCAUGGCUUACUCGCUGAAUCUCCCGUCAAAGAGGCCCCACCUCUACCACCACCUCCAGUUUUGAUUCAAAAAGAGGAGUUGACAGCAGAAGAGCUAGAACACAUCGAACGGGUACGACGACUGGCUGAAGGUUUGGAAAUGACCUCAACGUACGUCGAAGAACCAGAAAUUAGAGAAGCCGAACCAGAGUUCAGAGAAGCCGAACCAGAGUUCAAAGAAGCCGAACCAAUGCUAGAACGAACAGCAUCAUCAGCCACCUCUGGUGGUGACGAAGAAGCCCGUUUCGAAAGCCAAGGUUCAGUUAUCGCCGGUGAUUCUUUCGAAGAUCAUGGCUUACUCGCUGAAUCUCCCGUCAAAGAGGCCCCACCUCUACCACCACCUCCAGUUUUGAUUCAAAAAGAGGAGUUGACAGCAGAAGAGCUAGAACACAUCGAACGGGUACGACGACUGGCUGAAGGUUUGGAAAUGACCUCAACGUACGUCGAAGAACCAGAAAUCAAAGAAGCCGAACCAGAGUUCAGAGAAGCCGAACCAGAUUUCAAAGAAGCCGAACCAAUGCUAGAACGAACAGCAUCAUCAGCCACCUCUGGUGCUGACGAAGAAGCCCGAUUCGAAAGCCAAGGUUCAGUUAUCGCCGGUGAUUCUUUCGAAGACCAUGGCUUACUCGCUGAAUCUCCUGUCAAAGAGGCCCCACCUCUACCACCACUUCCAGUUUUGAUUCAAAAAGAGGAGUUGACAGCAGAAGAGCUAGAACACAUCGAACGGGUACGACGACUGGCUGAAGGUUUGGAAAUGACCUCAACGUACGUCGAAGAACCAGAAAUUAGAGAAGCCGAACCAAUGCUAGAACGAACAGCAUCAUCAGCCACCUCUGGUGCUGACGAAGAAGCCCGUUUCGAAAGCCAAGGUUCAGUUAUCGCCGGUGAUUCUUUCGAAGAUCAUGGCUUACUCGCUGAAUCUCCCGUCAAAGAGGCCCCACCUCUACCACCACCUCCAGUUUUGAUUCAAAAAGAGGAGUUGACAGCAGAAGAGCUAGAACACAUCGAACGGGUACGACGACUGGCUGAAGGUUUGGAAAUGACCUCAACGUACGUCGAAGAACCAGAAAUUAGAGAAGCCGAACCAAUGCUAGAACGAACAGCAUCAUCAGCCACCUCUGGUGCUGACGAAGAAGCCCGUUUCGAAAGCCAAGGUUCAGUUAUCGCCGGUGAUUCUUUCGAAGAUCAUGGCUUACUCGCUGAAUCUCCCGUCAAAGAGGCCCCACCUCUACCACCACCUCCAGUUUUGAUUCAAAAAGAGGAGUUGACAGCAGAAGAGCUAGAACACAUCGAACGGGUACGACGACUGGCUGAAGGUUUGGAAAUGACCUCAACGUACGUCGAAGAACCAGAAAUCAAAGAAGCCGAACCAGAGUUCAGAGAAGCCGAACCAGAUUUCAAAGAAGCCGAACCAAUGCUAGAACGAACAGCAUCAUCAGCCACCUCUGGUGGUGACGAAGAAGCCCGUUUCGAAAGCCAAGGUUCAGUUAUCGCCGGUGAUUCUUUCGAAGAUCAUGGCUUACUCGCUGAAUCUCCUGUCAAAGAGGCCCCACCUCUACCACCACCUCCAGUUUUGAUUCAAAAAGAGGAGUUGACAGCAGAAGAGCUAGAACACAUCGAACGGGUACGACGACUGGCUGAAGGUUUGGAAAUGACCUCAACGUACGUCGAAGAACCAGAAAUUAGAGAAGCCGAACCAGAGUUCAGAGAAGCCGAACCAGAGUUCAAAGAAGCCGAACCAAUGCUAGAACGAACAGCAUCAUCAGCCACCUCUGGUGGUGACGAAGAAGCCCGUUUCGAAAGCCAAGGUUCAGUUAUCGCCGGUGAUUCUUUCGAAGAUCAUGGCUUACUCGCUGAAUCUCCCGUCAAAGAGGCCCCACCUCUACCACCACCUCCAGUUUUGAUUCAAAAAGAGGAGUUGACAGCAGAAGAGCUAGAACACAUCGAACGGGUACGACGACUGGCUGAAGGUUUGGAAAUGACCUCAACGUACGUCGAAGAACCAGAAAUUAGAGAAGCCGAACCAAUGCUAGAACGAACAGCAUCAUCAGCCACCUCUGGUGCUGACGAAGAAGCCCGUUUCGAAAGCCAAGGUUCAGUUAUCGCCGGUGAUUCUUUCGAAGAUCAUGGCUUACUCGCUGAAUCUCCCGUCAAAGAGGCCCCACCUCUACCACCACCUCCAGUUUUGAUUCAAAAAGAGGAGUUGACAGCAGAAGAGCUAGAACACAUCGAACGGGUACGACGACUGGCUGAAGGUUUGGAAAUGACCUCAACGUACGUCGAAGAACCAGAAAUCAAAGAAGCCGAACCAGAGUUCAGAGAAGCGGAACCAGAUUUCAAAGAAGCCGAACCAAUGCUAGAACGAACAGCAUCAUCAGCCACCUCUGGUGGUGACGAAGAAGCCCGUUUCGAAAGCCAAGGUUCAGUUAUCGCCGGUGAUUCUUUCGAAGAUCAUGGCUUACUCGCUGAAUCUCCCGUCAAAGAGGCCCCACCUCUACCACCACCUCCAGUUUUGAUUCAAAAAGAGGAGUUGACAGCAGAAGAGCUAGAACACAUCGAACGGGUACGACGACUGGCUGAAGGUUUGGAAAUGACCUCAACGUACGUCGAAGAACCAGAAAUCAAAGAAGCCGAACCAAUGCUAGAACGAACAGCAUCAUCAGCCACCUCUGGUGCUGACGAAGGAGCCCGUUUCGAAAGCCAAGGUUCAGUUAUCGCCGGUGAUUCUUUCGAAGAUCAUGGCUUACUCGCUGAAUCUCCCGUCAAAGAGGCCCCACCUCUACCACCACCUCCAGUUUUGAUUCAAAAAGAGGAGUUGACAGCAGAAGAGCUAGAACACAUCGAACGGGUACGACGACUGGCUGAAGGUUUGGAAAUGACCUCAACGUACGUCGAAGAACCAGAAAUCAAAGAAGCCGAACCAAUGCUAGAACGAACAGCAUCAUCAGCCACCUCUGGUGCUGACGAAGAAGCCCGAUUCGAAAGCCAAGGUUCAGUUAUCGCCGGUGAUUCUUUCGAAGACCAUGGCUUACUCGCUGAAUCUCCUGUCAAAGAGGCCCCACCUCUACCACCACUUCCAGUUUUGAUUCAAAAAGAGGAGUUGACAGCAGAAGAGCUAGAACACAUCGAACGGGUACGACGACUGGCUGAAGGUUUGGAAAUGACCUCAACGUACGUCGAAGAACCAGAAAUCAAAGAAGCCGAACCAAUGCUAGAACGAACAGCAUCAUCAGCCACCUCUGGUGCUGACGAAGAAGCCCGAUUCGAAAGCCAAGGUUCAGUUAUCGCCGGUGAUUCUUUCGAAGACCAUGGCUUACUCGCUGAAUCUCCUGUCAAAGAGGCCCCACCUCUACCACCACUUCCAGUUUUGAUUCAAAAAGAGGAGUUGACAGCAGAAGAGCUAGAACACAUCGAACGGGUACGACGACUGGCUGAAGGUUUGGAAAUGACCUCAACGUACGUCGAAGAACCAGAAAUCAAAGAAGCCGAACCAAUGCUAGAACGAACAGCAUCAUCAGCCACCUCUGGUGCUGACGAAGAAGCCCGAUUCGAAAGCCAAGGUUCAGUUAUCGCCGGUGAUUCUUUCGAAGACCAUGGCUUACUCGCUGAAUCUCCUGUCAAAGAGGCCCCACCUCUACCACCACUUCCAGUUUUGAUUCAAAAAGAGGAGUUGACAGCAGAAGAGCUAGAACACAUCGAACGGGUACGACGACUGGCUGAAGGUUUGGAAAUGACCUCAACGUACGUCGAAGAACCAGAAAUUAGAGAAGCCGAACCAGAGUUCAGAGAAGCCGAACCAGAGUUCAAAGAAGCCGAACCAGAGUUCAAAGAAGCCGAACCAAUGCUAGAACGAACAUCAUCAUCAGCCACCUCUGGUGCAGACGAAGAAGCCGGUUUCGAAAGCCAAGGUUCAGUUAUCGCCGGUGAUUCUUUCGAAGAUCACGGCUUACUCGCUGAAUCUCCUGUCAAAGAGGCCCCACCUCUACCACCACUUCCAGUUUUGAUUCAAAAAGAGGAGUUGACAGCAGAAGAGCUAGAACACAUCGAACGGGUACGACGACUGGCUGAAGGUUUGGAAAUGACCUCAACGUACGUCGAAGAACCAGAAAUUAGAGAAGCCGAACCAGAGUUCAGAGAAGCCGAACCAGAGUUCAAAAAAGCCGAACCAAAUCUAGAACGAACAGCAUCAUCAGCCACCUCUGGUGCUGACGAAGAAGCCCGUUUCGAAAGCCAAGGUUCAGUUAUCGCCGGUGAUUCUUUCGAAGAUCAUGGCUUACUCGCUGAAUCUCCCGUCAAAGAGGCCCCACCUCUACCACCACCUCCAGUUUUGAUUCAAAAAGAGGAGUUGACAGCAGAAGAUCUAGAACACAUCGAACGGGUACGACGACUGGCUGAAGGUUUGGAAAUGACCUCAACGUACGUCGAAGAACCAGAAAUCAAAGAAGCCGAACCAAUGCUAGAACGAACAGCAUCAUCAGCCACCUCUGGUGCAGACGAAUUCGUUAACUCGUCCGUUUUAACUAAUGAUGUAUAUCGUAAAACUUCAACGAACUCAUUAAACGAAAUGACAACAGUAUCCUACACAAACAAGUUAAUCAAAAGUUUGCCGCUAAAAGAAAGACUUUCUUUAAGCUUAGAAGGCAAACAUGUAAAAAAGAUUGAUUAUCAACAAAAGAAGUCGUGCAGCGUUAACGUAAUCUACACCGACAAAAAACUGUCGACCGAAUCCAUUUUUGACAACAGUCACUGCAAAAUUGACCUCCCGAAGGUUGUCGUUGAAAAUAAUGGUCUUAAUGCUUACGAGCACUGUGAACACACCAGUGGGAGAGAUGGCACAGGUCAACUAAACAACGUGGACUUUCUAGCAAAGCUCAACUUCAUGUGCCAAAGAAUCACAGAAAAUAUCGCAGAAGCAGCGGCCGAUGACCUGCUAAGAAUCAUUCGGUUAAAGUCAAAUCCAAGAUUCAGAUACUUCGAAGAGGGUUACAUAAGUCAGUUACUCGACGUAGAUGAUGAAGGCGUUUCGUCUCCAGAAAGGUAACUUAUUUAACACUGUAUACAUACAAAUAUAUAGUUAACAAAAGUAUUAAAAACUAGUAAUAUUAUUUUAGCGUUACAUCGGAAGAAAGCGAUAAGCCACUACAAUACAACGUGGAACCAGUGAUCGAGAAACCCGGAAAGACUGGAUUUGACUUGUUUGGUUUGUUCCGUCAAAAGCCACCAGAGAGGCCUGUAUCCGCAAUGGCAUUUUUAAGACGACAGCCAUCUCCAGUCUUUACCCCAAGAAAAAGCUCAGUACGAUCAGGCGACAUCAUGGACCUUGUGCGUAGAUCGUCAUUCACAUCAGAAACGCAUAACGACUCUUUACCCAACGUACCUGAAGAAGCCCUUCAAGGACUUACAGCUGAAGAACGUGAACAUAUUAUUCAAGUCAUGAUGAACGCAAGCAAAUCAAUAACACCCGAACCGUCCAGAAGGUCAGUUUCAAUGACUUUUUGAUUUUUUAUUGCUAAAUAUAAUUUUGUCUAACAAAGUUUAAGCUUCAUUAUGUCAUUUUUGACUUUUUAGGUGUUCUUCUGCUUUGAUUGGUUUACCAGAGUUAGACGACUUAGACGAAUCAGAAAAGAAACAUAUAGAAUCCGUAGUGGAAAAAGCAGAUUCUAGAGACAUGCCUUUUGUAUUAAACAAAAAAAAAGACGAUACAUCAGGAAUAAAGACGGAAACGGCAAAAGAAAAAACAGUCGCUACACCUGAGUUAUCACGAGAAGAACUAUAUCACAUAGCUCAGAUUGAGCAGAAGAUAAAAGAGUUAGGAAUGCUAGAUAACAAAACACAAAAAGACGUUGUUACAGAUCAAGGCAUGUUCAAAAAGUUCAACUUUAAUGACAUGUUGUCUAAACAAACACAAAAAAUCAAUAAGAUUGUGCAGUCCAACGUCCCAGCAUUAAGUAGCCCUGUCACCAGCAAAAAGCAAGAAGAAGAAAUUAUUGUUCAAAAAGCCUACACAGAAGAUGUUGUGAACGAAAGUCAACCGAAAUUGUACAGUCCCACUUAUACCACUAUUCGAACAACUAAACAAUUCACAGAAGUCAUAACUGUCCCAGAAUUAGAAGAAACUAUAACUAUUGAAGAAAUAGACGCUACUUGGCUUCAAGAAAACAUUGAAGAACUAAACAAAACAAUUGAUAUGUACACCUAUCAAGGUAAGUCUUCAGAUAUUCAGAUUUGGUUUCUUUUAUUCGGUUGCUAUACAUAAAAUUUAGAAAACCUGGAAGACCAAGACUUCAGUGAAGAAGAUGUAAAUAUCUUGGAAACGCAAGACUUUGGCAAUGUCAUUCAAGGAAACGACGACUUUGUUUUAGCUAAUCAAACGAAAAGCUGGGAAGCCGACCGACCAAACGAAGCAUCAGAAAUUAUCGAUCCUGAAGAACAACAUGAAGAACAGCGUUUACGCUCGCAAUUCGUUCAGCCGGUUGCUUUUCAGUCCACAUUCGAAAGUGGAAAGAAGACGUCCGUCAAAUACAACGAGAAUGCCGUACUCUCUGGCCGCGCCCUCUCGCCUUCUCUGACAGAAGACCCCCGAGGCCGCGUUUAUGCCAACCAAGGCCAGUCUUGUAGUGUCUCGGACCAAAAAGAGAACUCCGAAGGCUUUUCACCGCUUUUUAAGGAAAAGCCUUACGUCGCAGAAUUGGGAACUGCAUGGCCAGCAGAAGAACCUAUAUCCGAUAUUGCAAAUGGUAAAGGAGAAGAUGAAGUAACCAACGACAAUGACAGCAAACCUCAACACCAAAGCACGAAUCAAACAGAAUCGACGUCUACUACACUGAGACCGGCCAAAGAAGUCAUGUCUUUCGGUAAGAGUUCAAGUGGUUUCGGCGGAUUCGGUGGCUUUGGUAAAUUGGCCAGCGGCGCUUUAAAAUCAGCUAAGCAAGCCACUGAACAAAUAUCAGUCAAGGCAUCGCAAGCUGCUCAAGUUGCCCAACAAGCUGCAUCUACAGGAGAUCUCACACAAGUCGGAGUUGGAAGUUUUGUGAGUUAACUGCUACUAUUUAUAAAGGUUAAUCGUUUAACUGUAUUUAAUGUAUUGCAAAGUAAACUAUUUGCCUAACCUUAACUUAAUAUUUAAAAAAUUAUUUUUAAUUUGUACUUUUAGCUAAGCAAGAAAGAAACACCAGAAAGAUCAAAGUCGGCCAUCGACUUUAAUAAACAGCCUGAUGUACCAGCCGUCGUACAAGAUAUACCACCCGGUUUAGAAAACUUGUCAGAAGAAGAACGAAUGAAAAUAAUGGCAGUAAUGGCAUGUGCUGAAAUUGAUACGCAAGCUCCUGCACCACCACCUAAAGUUGUCCAAUCUACACCGCCAUCUAAGGUUGAAAAGCCACCGAUAGCACUACCAGCCAAAACCAAACAACCAAAAAUGCCGCAAAAAGUUGAGCAACCCAAACCUACUUCACAACAGGACAAAGUGGCCCAAGCUCAAAACAAAACGUAAGUUACACAACAAACUGCUUGACACUAUAUAUUUAGAAUACCAUCUCCCCAACCUGUUGAUACGCCUCCGGGUGUCGAUGAAGAAAUGCUUCAAGGGCUAUCGCCCGCCGAACGUGAACAAAUUCUUCGUGUAAUGAGGAUGGCAGAACAAGAAGAACCAGUGGCCCCAAUAAUAACACCAAAGAAACAGUCUAUGAGUGCUGAGACUUCGGUUGAGAACGAAGACUACCCAAUACCACAAAAGUCUAUUUCCUUCACUUCUGUCACAGAAAGUGGUUAUGUCACCGCCCCAAGUACUAGCUACAGUACCGAGUUAAGUACAUACAGUCCGGAGCAAACGCAAGUCCUUAUAAUACAAAAACCUGCUCUAGACUCAAAUGUAAGUCAAUAAAUAUAAUAUUACGAUGUAAAUUUUUAGGAAUUGAAUUACACCAAUGAAAAGGCAGAACCUACACAAGGAUUCGAAAAACGGUUAACUACAACUGAAUCCGCCAAAUCAUUGUCAGAAAUAGACGCAGUCGAAACUGACGACUCUUUCUGGAUCGAACCGCAAGAAUACAAAGUAAUUUUUUAAAUUUAACUUUAAAAAAUUUAAAUCGAACUCUAAAAUGAAAACUUUCAGGUACCAGAUGCAUGGGAGCCAAACAAGUCAGGCAGAAUGUGGACGACGGUCUUUUCGGAUGAUGGUGAUAUAGCAGCCACCGAAUAUGAUAGUGAGGUCUCUAUUAUCGAAACCGACGAGAACGAAAAAAACAAGAAUAUCAUACAGCCGCCCCGACCUGUAACGGAACAGAUUGUAACUACAAGUCUUGAAUCCGAUGAUGGAAGCCAUCAUUUACACGAGUUUAACGACGGUAGUUUCGAAGUUCAAAUGGAGGAUCCGCUAUCCCCCACUGUCAUCGUAAGCAUGGUCGCGUCAAACAACGUCAACAAUGUUACUACCGGAUUCAGCAAAAUGAUGGAGGUCACAAAAACGCCAGAAAUCAAAAUCACAAGCCACGAAGAGAUAGAGAAAACUUCUGACGACGAAUCGGAUGCUGAAACUCCACCAAGCUCGGACGAAGACGACUACCCCGAUCGUGUGAUAGAAGUGCCUUCUGUGUCAGCUUUACAGUUGGUUGAAGAUCAGAAAACACAAUCAAAGAGUACAGAAGAAGUACUCAAGCAGAUACAGUCUUUCGGAGAAGCCGCUGAUGAUGAGUUUGACGUGCAAUGGGCAGCGAAUAUAACGAAGAAGAAAGAAAUAAACGAGACAGAAGCACCAUCUGGAGCCACUGAACCUUUGAAGACAACAGAGCCUACGACAAACCAGAGAAUAAACCCAUUCAUUGACUCCCCAGAAGACGAAGAAAACGAUGUUGUUGUUGAACAAGUACACUUGGAUUCGGAUGACAUUGACUACCAACAUGCUGUCCAUUAUUAUACAAGCAGACACGACGGUUAUCACAAGCAUCGACCGGGUCCAGUUUAUACGAUUCCAGAAGGCGAUGAAAACAAUAGCAGUGUUAGUAGUGAAUCAAAGUACAACCGUAAGUUAACUUUUAAAUUCUUUUUUGAGCGUAAUAAAAUACAAUUAUUAAAAAAUUUUAGCUCAACUGCUCGAAAGAAGGCCACUUCACGGUACUACAGUUCCUCCACUAGUACCAAAAGACGUCAAACGCAAAGGAAAACCAGAGCCGAUUCAAAAAUAUUCUGAAAGCGAGCCAAUUAUCGAAAACGGAAAGGUGCCGAUAACACCAAUCAGGACUGCUCCACCGCCGCCAGAUGCUACAAAUGGAAGGUCUACCUUCGACAACAAGUCUGGUGACGUCAAAACAUCAGCUACACCGCUACAAAUAACUUCUCAGUUCACAACUGACAUCCACCAAGCCAAUGAUGUGCAUCUUCCACCGCACAUUCAUAUUCAUGGUACUCAACCAAAGCCAGCAACCAGUAAGCCGCAUUUAAAAUAAUUACCAGAAAAACUUUAAAAAUAAACUAUUCAAAUUAAAAAACAAUUAUAGAUCCACCAUCCUGUGUCGCUGCUUCUGACGCCGAAUUCUUGGCUCAGUUCAGCUCAAAUCCAAAAGAACAAGACAAAUCUGUAGCCGAUUAUACCUACGUCAGCCUUAACAUAGAUGACAAUCAAUCAUCAAAGUAAGUGGUACCUUAACGUUUUAGAUGUAAAUUUAGAUUAAAACGAUCACCGGCAAUGAUCUUGACAAAGGAAGAGAAACCAAUAGACGUUUUACCGCAAAAACCACUGCCCAAACAGUGGAAUGUUGACGUGGGUUUAGCUGUUGUUGUGAGAAACUAAGAUUAAUGUGGUUUGUGCAUUAGUGUGUUUUUCCAUUUAAUUUAUACUUCAUAAUUAGGCCAAUUAAAGUCUUGUUGGCGGCGGCUUAGGUUAAAGCAUGCAAUUCAGACCAAGACGCCGAAAGAUGAAGAAAUAAAAAGCGGAAGCUUAGGCCAACGUACUGGUCAGUUAGUUUCCGUUUUCUAUUGCACUCUGUGCUCGGCAUGACCUACCGGAGCACUAAAACAUAUGCCUCAGAAUGCCUCGCCGCUAGGUUCAACGCUUCCUGAGAAACCACUCUUUCUCACGCCGCACCUAAAUCUGCAAAAAACCACGACCCCGCUAUAGGCAUGCUUUUGAAGCCUCUUGGCACGACAAUCCUAAUCUCGGGGGACAAAUUUUUGACUCAAAAAGCUUUGCGCCCUCUGUUUUAAUGUUUUCGUUAGAGAAUAGUAUCCAAUACGAAGACAUGGUGUUUGUUUAGCUUUCCCUUAUCAAUAAUAGCCGAGUAUGCUUCCCCUUGCGUUCAAAUUAUAUGUCGUUUUCGGGUUUAUGCGUUUCGACAUCAAAAAGUUGCAAAAUCUAUAAUAUUUACAGGAGGAUGCGCUAUUGCACGGCGCAAACACUGAAAUGGGUCGCCGCAAACUACCAUCUCUGCCGGGCAACCGUCAACAGCCAACUAGUCAUAUUCCGCUUUACUACUCAACAAACUCAUUAACUCAAAAAGAUGGAACUGGCAUUGUUGCGCCAUAUUACGGCCAACUGUCGUCCAGCAGAAUCACCAGCAGUAUUGCAGCCAGUUCCGAACCGUACCUGCCACGUACGGAUGGCUCUUUGUAUACUGUUGACCCUGCCAUUAUGGCUGGAGCUACUUUCAAGCCGGCCCAAAAGCCUCGUCCACGCUCGGCCAUUACGUCCACGGAAGUCGGGAAGAAAUUUGAUGCAACGCCAAAAAUGUCGGAAGCUAUGUCACAACUCAUGUUUAAACAAGAGCUCCGAAAAACGCUUACUAAACGUCGAAUCUCACAAGAGAACGCUGAGAUCGAAGCCAAUCAACGUCAAUAUGUUAUCAGACGUAUGUUGGUGAGCGGCCUUAUGCCAGAGCAUCGUUCUUCUGAAAUCGAAUCCAUCCCUGACGUGGUUAAGUGCAGUCUUCCAGCCGACUUAGUACGAGGGGCACGCGUAACCCCGAUUAAAAGCACAUCAAUCUUGUAUGCAACUGAGAUUCCACGUGCUCGUCAAACGCCCAUUAAAGAUCAAUAUACGCAAUCAGUAAGCGCAGUGCCAACACAAAAGACCGUUGGAGUUCAGUAUGAUACUACCACAAAAAAACCGGCAUUGACUCGAUAUUAUACUGAACAAGCUCCUCCUCAAACAAAAACAUUACCAUUAUCAAUGAAGUCUCAAUUUCAACCAUCGGAUCAAGUAGAUUCAUGCACACAAACUAUGAUAUCAUCUGAAACUCAGACUGAUUCGUACAUAUCCACUGAUAUGGAAACAUCAGUUAAACGAAGGAUCCCGUAUCAUGAAGAGUUAUCAGGUGUCGGAUACAACAGUUUGAGUAACCGUUUCACGCCAGACUUGCUUGAAAAGACAGAAAAGUACUUUGAUGAGUACGACAAACGGCUUCGUACAUCUCAAUUACCAUCAAUAAAGAACAGAACUAGGUUUACCGAUGCAAAAACUCCAGAAGAAAUGGAGUGGAAACGCCAAGAAGUCAUGAAAGAACUAGAGCUUCGCAAAGAAAAAGUAGCAUCUAUGAUAGAUCUCAGAAACCUUCACAGCUACGAUCUCGAUGACAACACUUUAAUAAACAGUAUGAUGAACCAGUACGGGUCUCCACGGCAAGACACAACACGACAAACCCGAACCAACAUGUACAACAGAUACGGAUCCUUGCCAAGAGACUUUGAACGUACGAAUUACGAGCGAACAAACUUUGAUAAUACGCCUUACUACCCUCCCAGUAACAUACCUGGCCUUUACUCUGGCUCAGCACAAAACCUAUACCAACAAGAUAGGUAUAAGGCCCCCAUUAGUGACCGCAACUUCAAUUCGGUUAACCCUUACUGUACGUUGCCCAGAAACAACAACUUCCAACGUUACAGCAACCUGUCAUAUCCAUCACAAGAACAAAUUCAAUGUAACGACGCCAUCCUAACCCAGUAUGCCAGUUAUGUAAAUGACCAAAUUGACAAUGCCGGCUUCAUCGACGACUUCAAUUAUCCAACAACAAUUCGUCAAGAAAACAUCUUAGACCAACCUCAAAGGCCGGUACCAGACUACUACUCGUACCAACAAAUACCAAACCAAUAUGCGACUAGUCGGGUUAUUCAACAACCAUUAAUGCAGCAGACUAUGCCAACCUACUUGCAGCCGACUACGACCGAUUACGUGUAUAGUCGGCGAGAUAACAACUAUGGGUCAAGACCUAUCCAGCCAAUAGGAGAUUACGGCAAUGUUCUCUACAACAGAAUCAAGCUAAAUCAACCGACCAACGAUCUUCGAAACGACAACACCAGCGACCCGUACGCCGCGUACUCAAUGAACAGACCCCAAAGAACAUGGAACACACUGCCAUCGCCAUAUGCAUUGCAACCUAGCUAUCGAUCACCUCACAUUCCCUUAAACAAUAACUUUAAUGAACCAUGGCCUUGUCCCCAAUACCCCCGUUCUUAUCAUUAUAGUACCCAACCACGCCCUCAACCACAGCCCUAUCAAACCCCGGGUAUGUACCAAAUAGAGCCCGGUAAGCGCUCAAAUUUUUAAGCAUUGUAAUCGUUAUGCUAAGCAAAAACAAUCUUUGUGUAUGUUAAAUGUAAAUCAUUAAGAGUAAGGAUUGUAUUGUACUGUCAGAACGAAAAUUACCCCAAGUGUGACGCUAUAUUUGUCUAUGGUUUUACAUUAUUGUUUCAUGUUUUAAAAAUUAUUAUCAUUGUGAAAAAUAAAAGAGCAAAAAGCACGUGUAAAGUAAUUUAAUUUUAAAAAUAAUAUCUUGAACUUAUUGAUAAUGUAAAUAGAAAAAACAAAAUUAAGCAGUGUAACUUUGUAUAACACACAAAAGAUAACAUGAAAAGUACAAAGAUAUAGCGUCACACAUUGGGAGAAAGUACACUAGUUUAUAGAACCAAAGGUUUAAUAUUAUGACUACAAUUAGCAUUUAUCUUCUAUACCUUCUAUAUUUGAAUAAUAUACCUUUUUUACAGAAAAAUAUUCAAUUAGUUUACCACGAUACCAUCGUUCUGAAGAACGUCGGAAUAAAAAGGUAUGUUGACCUAUUUAAAUGAUAAACCUAAUUUUAGGUUAAAUCAACUUACUCCACUCAUAAUCGAGCUCAACCUACAUCAUCAUAUCACUCGACAAGACCAAAAAGUUGUAAUAAAAUAAAAAGAAUUUUACUUACCAGAAGAUAUCGUCACGCCAAUGUUUAUCACGGUCAGUUCUUCAACUUCACACAUUCUUUUCAUUGACAAAAAUAUUUUUUCAAUUUUUGGGCAACAUGUUAUUGCGACGAAAUGCAACCUCUUGUGACAUUCCGUUCUCUUUUAAUCGGCUAAACGAAAAGAUUUUUUUUCGCAGGCGAGAUCAUUUUUUGUAAAAGUAACUUUUUAUAACUUUUCUUAUAUAUUAUUGAAGGUUUAUAUGUUUAUUUGCUUUUAGACCUUGGUUUUCGUGUAACUGGAGGCAAACGACUUUAUAAUGGAGAACUUGCCGCUUAUGUUACUGCUGUGAAUCGAAGCAAAGCCUAUGAAACUCUUGGAGAGAUAAAAGAAGGUAUAUUUUUGCUAUUAUUAUAUUGUUUUAGAAAAUUUAUCCUUUAAUUAACGUUUCAAGUUCUAAACGUUGCGCUGUUUGAAUAAUAAUUUAUGCGUUAGGUUUAUUUAGGCCUUUGCAAAGCGUUACUAGGUACUUAAAUUAACUUGUUAAAGUGUAUACUUGAAAUUAUUUUAAUGUGAAAUUUAACAUUGUUGUAGGCGAUCAAGUUUUGGAAUGGAAUGGUGUUCUGUUGAGAGGUAAAACAUUUGAAGAAGUGGAAAGGAUAAUAAAUGCUACGAGUGGAGAAGUUGAGAUUGUUGUGAAGAGCCAAGACGACUGCAGGAAUGACAACUACGAACAGGAAAGCAUGUACGAUGCUGCUGCUGAUGACUCACAACGUCGACUCUAUAAGCAUCCUCCGCCAGUACCAGCACACAAAGGAUCUAUGGAUUACAAGAGGAAGCGUAUGGUAUGUUGUUGAUAUUUAGUUACCUUGUGUGUUUAGAAGUCUCAAGAUGGAUUGGGAAAGAUUCAAAUUGCAAUUGGAUAUGACCAGUAUCAUUCUGUUCUGGUUGUGACUGUCAUUGCUGCUAGAGGGCUGACUCACAGAGAGUACGAGAAUAACAUCGUUCUGCCAAAUCCGUUCGUGAAGAUUUAUCUGCUGCCUGGGCGAAAGUACGUAGCGUUUAAAAGUUUUAUUUAUUUGGUUGUUAUUUCAAGUUUUAAUUUAUGUUUUCUAAAAUAAUAUUGUUUAUGUUGAUACUUUUUGAAUCUUUUUUGCUUGCUAAGAAAGAAUAAAACACCAGUCAUUUUAGGGUUGUUAACAAGAGAAGAACGAAGUAUGUUUCGAAUACUUGUGAUCCAGAAUGGCACCAACCAGUGGAUUACCUGGUUGAUUACAAUGAUUUGUUUAGUAAAUACUUGGAGUUAACGGUAUGGGACUAUGAUAAAUAUAAUGACAACAUUUGUUUGGGUCAUAUUAUGAUUCCUCUUCGUAAGUUUUCUUGUUUAUAAGAUAUUUUAAUAGUUUUGAGGUAGAAAGAAAAUCUGCUUAGAGAGUAAAAUGUAAAGCUUUUACUAAUUUAUGUUGUCUUUUGAAGGUCAUAACGUACUAGACAAUGCACCAAGAUGGUACUUGUUGGAAUCUGUAGAUCAACAGUUGAAAACGGAACCUGUUACGACGGCUUUGUACAAUAAAUCACGUAGUUUCAACAAGGCAAACUACUUCUACAAUCCGUGUAAGUUUAUUUUCAUUAACGCGUUUUUACAAUUAGUCCAUUUUAAAUUUAUUUCUUCAAAAAUAUGCACGAAUUUGAAUAUAUUGUUCAUACUUGUAUGAAUAUCGUGCAGGUCAAUAUAUUACUUUCAGCAAACUUGGACCUUGGGUAUCCUGCCAUAUAA